AUGUACGACGCACUUAUGCAGGGCGGCGCGUCAUUCCCGUGGGUAGAUGGCUUUUCCACCGGUGAGCCGGUGCCGUAUGCGCGCCUGGAUAUCGAGCGCGCGUAUGUCCUCUCGCACCUGGCCGCCCAGUACGCCCAGCUCGGCGCUGCCGAGUGGCGCAGCGAGGCCGACAGUGUGAAGCGCGCUGCGAACUACUUUCAGCGGGCGGCUGGGUGCCUUGCGCUCGUCGAAGCUUGCACCGACACGCCGCCGGUCGCGCAAGCGGCGUGCCUGCGGCAACUCAUGCUGGCGCAGGCGCAGGAGUGUGCGUGGCAAAAGGCUGUGCACGACGGCCUCCUGCCGACCACGAUCGCCAAGCUCGCGCGCAGCACGGCCGACCUGUACGCGGCGAGCGCCCAGGCGGCGCCUGCCGCGGGCCUACCGCCUGGCUGGGCCGUGCACAUCGAGUGCAAGCGGUGGCACUUUACGGCGGCGGCCGAGUACCGCAAGAGCUGUGACGACCUUGCGCACCGCCGCUAUGCCGACGAGCUCGGUCGGCUGCGUGCAGCGUCCGACGCACUGAAACGGGCGCGCGCGCAGCCGACGCGCCUCUUACCGCAGCCGGCCGUGCUGCAAGACCUGCUCUCGCUCGAGCAGGUGCUGGCUACGAACCUGUCGCGCGCCACGAAGGACAACGACUUGAUCUACUUGCAGGCGCCCACGGCCGCAGCAGCCCUGCCAGACAUGGGCACCGCUGUGAUGGUGCGUGACGUGUGUCCUCCCGAGCUGCAGGCGCCGGUCGCCUUCCUCAAGCGCCUCGCGACCAGCGGCACGCCCCUCCUAUUUGGCCGCCUCGUGACGUACGGCGUGGACGUCGCGGUGCGCGUGUACAACGACCGCCGACAGCAGUGGCUCUCCGGCACGCUCGAGCCGCUCGCGCGCGAGUUGGACGCAAGUCUGGCGCACGAGCUGGCUGCCGCACGCACCGCUGCCACCCUCGAGCACCUCGAGAUGCCGGCGCAGAUACCCGGGUCUUGGGACGCGUAUGCUGCGGCCAUUCAGCGUGUCCCCGUCGCCAUGCUCGAGCAGCGCCUGCGCGCUACCGAAGACCUCGCAGGCCGGUGCCGCGCGCUGCUAGACGAGCUGAAGCAGCAGCCUGACCAAAGCAUGGCCGUGGUGCACGAGUAUGAGCAGACAUUGGCGCAGGCCGCCGAGAGCGAUGCGCGUGUGCGAGCUCAGCUGCAAACGCACGCGCCGCGCCUGCGCAUGUGGGAAAAGGGGCGCCACGCGCUCCGCGAGGCACUGACGCCCAGUGCCCUCGCCGUGCGCGACGCGCACAAGCAGCACGUCAGCGAGGUGCGCGCUAUACGUGCCCAGCAAGAGCAGCUGGACGACAUGGUGGCGCAGCGCCGCACCAUCAUUUUGCGUGCCCACGCCAUGAUGGAGCGCGACGAAAUCCGGCAGCGGCUCAUGGACGUGGUGCGCGCACGGCGCCUCGGCGAGCUAGACGAGAGCCUCGGCGCGGGCGUCGACCCGGCUGCUCUGCAAGACGUCCUGGAGCACGCCCUGGAGCCGUACGGUGCAUUCUUGCAGGAAAUGCACGAGAGCGGGGCCGUGCAGCGCGAGCGGCUCGGCCAGCUGCGUCGCGCGCAUGCGCACCUCCUGCGCGAGCCUCGCAUGGCGCGCGCGCUGGAAGCACAGGCCGACGCACUGCACGCACUCGAGGACGCGUUCCACGCGUGGCAGGCGCUGCAAACACACCUCGACGAGGGCGCGCAGUUUUAUGAGCGCCUCCUCCGCUUGCUCCAGCAGCUGUAG